GUUUAAAUGUGUGAUUAAUAAUACCGAUGCGACACAACGCCGGCUCUUGGCCGCGUUUGGUGUGCGUUUGCAGCGCGCGAUGCUGCAUGGAGACUAAUCGGCGUGAGCGACUUGUCUGUUUCGUUAGCGCGGAUGUGCCAGGAUGUGUGCCUAUUCCGCCGGGAUAUGCCCAGCGAACGUCGAGUAGGCCCUUUUACCAUUCCAAGCUGCGUCUUUCUCGUACGAGCGUCACGGCUCGUAAAACGUAGCUUCAGCUUGGCUAUGAAACAGAAGGGCAUAUUUAGCGUUCGAUACGCGUCCACACGGAAUAGAGCCUCAGGCCUCUGUGCGAGAUGAAUGCCCAGCCACCACCUACACACGCAUGCAUAUAUAUAUGUGUGUAUACAUAUAUAAUGCAUCACACACGCCACCGUCGCCGAAUGCAUGUUGAGACGCGAUCGUUCAUGGUCUCUCUUUCAACUUUCUGUUUCAUGCUUGCCCUCUUCGCCUGGAUAUACCACCCACCGCACGUCUUUCGACCGAAAAUUUACCACGCAUUCCACCGCCCCGUUCGAUCCACCACCACCACCACCACCCUCCCCUCCCCCUCGCCACCACCGACGCUUUCAUCCCGACCGAUCCCGGAACCGAUGCCCGACGUCCGUCCCUGUGGUGGCCCGCGCGGCGUCGGCCUAAUCCCUUAAUUGAUCCCCGAAACGCUCCACGAUCGCCACUGUAAACGCCUACACUACUCCCUCGCCCCGAUCCCACCGAUCGAACUGCACUCUCAUGUGGCGAUUGUGUCACCACGCGAACGAUUCUUCUACUAUCGCUCGCGCAUCGACAAUCUUCGUGCGACGGAAAAUGCAAAAAACAAAAAUAAACAUCAUAAAAAAUAAUCAUCGUUUAACACACCGACGCUAAUAACGCAUUCGCUCGUGGCCCGCCUGUAAAAAUGCGUUUUCGCGCGUGUCAUAUAAAACGCGACAAAUGCGUAACAAUAACGACGCGUAUACACACACACACACACACACACACACACACACACACACACACAUCGUCGAUCUCGUUCGUUUCGCGCGUCACUUAAAAAACUCGGCGCAAAUCGCCAAUUAUUUCGUUCGCGUUUGCUAAUCAAUCGCGGACGAACUUUGGUCGCCGGUGCUCUCUUCCUUUUCUCUCUCUCUCUCUCUCUCUCUCUCUCUCUCUCUCUCUCUCUCUCCCCCCUCCUUCUCUCUUUUUUUUUUUUAAUUCGUCGCAAUCGCUGAACUCGUUCCGUCCGUCGCUGCCCGCCGCCGAAUCGUUCGAUAAAUAUUUGACAAACGAAUGAACGAAAUAAAACGGCAUACGGACUCGAACGCGAACUCGCGCGCGGACCGACUCGGAAAAUGCCGGCCUGCGGUGGUAAAACGAAAAAUAAACGAAAUGAUAAUGCCGAUAAAAACACACGUGACGCGUAUACACGCAUACACAUACACACGCUCUCUCGUCGUCGACGGGUGGCGCGACCUGACAUAACGCGCACUUCUCCUCACCGCUUUAUCACGUACCUCGGUUCGAUUGGUUGAUUGAUUUCUUUUUCUUCCUUCCGCCCGAUUUCGCCUCUACCUGACGGGCCUCAUCGUUCCUCCGUGCCCCCCCGCGCAUAUAUCUAAAUACAAUCUCCCGAUUCCGACGUAUACACGUAUAUAUCGAUCAUAAUGAAUAUUCUUGAAACGCGCUGGCUUUGGUUGUGUGCACCGCCGUCAUCGCAUCACUCCGACGCCUUCUUCUCAUCGUCAUCACCACCCGUGGACAAAACCGAAACCGUGGAAAAAAAAAAAAAAAAAAAAAACUGACAUCCGCGCGUGCGGCAUACCCAUGGUACAUGGCGUCGUCGUUCGCCGAAUCAAAAAUGUAUAAUAAUGCGUGCGGACCCACGUGUGUCCUCUGCUCUACGUGUGACAACCAAUGUACCGAAAUUGUUUCCCCCCUCUCUCUCUCUCUCUCUCUCUCUGUCUCUCUUUUUUUCUUUCUCUUUCUACCUGUGUCUGUCUCUCUGUCUCUCCGUUCGUACGACCGUGCGCGUAAACGAACCCGGGGAACGGAAAAAAAAAAAAAAAAAAAAAAAAACAAUACAAUACGAAACGAAAUACGCGGGCGCGACGUCAAGCCGACGAUUUACACUUUCGUUUUCCGUAAUUUACGCUUUCAUUUUUUCCGCGCUCUUUCACGCGCGCUCCGCGUCCCGGCAUGUUCCUGCGCGCGCAUUAAUCCAAACGACGAACGAUUGCGACUGCAAUUUAACCGACGACUCAUCAUGUUCAUUUAUGGAGUGUGUUUGAUACCAAAAACCAAAAAAAAAAAAAAUUUAAACUUCAAAAAUAACAACAAUGGUAAAACGAAACGAACGAUGCGCAUUAAAAUUUGAAAAAAAAAAAAAAAAAACAACAAAACCAAACACAAUGUAUAAAACAAAUUCGAUUUUCACUGUCGUACAUGUACCUGGAUGCUCCGAGGGCACGCUCCACCGCGUGUCUCCUUUGAUCUGGUGCCUUCUCCACCGAAUUCAACCGACUGUGGUAUAAUGAACGACCACCAAAAAAAAAAAAAAAAAAAAAAAAAUACUACCGAUACUUGAAAAAAAUACCGUACGAACACUGCCUCGUUUGCUGCAUGUGGAUCGCCUUAGCAGCCUUAGCCACUGUCGGGGCCCAAGUGGUCCCCCAAAACGCUCACUGUGUCGUCUACACAGACAGCUGCGGACAGUUACUGGACACCCUCCCGGUGUGCCAAGAUUUUAAUCGACAAGUGUGCAACCGUCCCGCCUGCAAGUUUAUCCAUCUCAGUGACGGAAACGUGGAGGUGAUCGAGAACCGCGUAACGGUGUGCAGGGACGCAGUAAAGGGUGCGUGCAUGCGGCCCCAGUGUAAAUAUUACCACAUACCGGUCGCGUUGCCGCCGGCGCCUUUGAUGGCGAUCGCGACGUCUGCGACGCCUUAGGGCCGAUUCCGCCAGCGAUUAACGCGCACCGGCACCGCGCGGGGACGCCGAGGAGGAAGGAUUCGAUUCGAGAGCUUUGCGCGAACGCGCAUUCCCGCGCACGUUGGGAACGCGCCGUCGGCAUCGGACAAGGCGAGAGGAAGCGGCCGGGAGGAAGAGGAGGAAGUCGAGGAAGAUGAAGAGGGAAAAGAAGAGGAGGAGUUCCUCCGAAGGAGGAGACGGCGCCGAUCGAGGCGAACGUCGUCGUCGUCGUCGUCGUCGUCGUCGUCGUCGGCGUCGAUUCGAUAUCGCUUCAGCAGCGCGUCGAUAUUCCUUCGCGACACUCCUCUCCGACGUACACACUCGUAAUGCGCACGCACGAAUGUGCGAACGCACGUUCAGGUGACAGGCGAGAAACAACGUGUCGUAGGAGGGUAGGUAGGUAGGUAGGUAGAUAGAUAGAUAGGAAGGAAGGAAGGAAGGAAGGAAGGAAGGAAGGAAGGAAGGAAAGGAGAAAAGUGGAGACAGAGAAACAGUGCCGCCAGAGAGUUCCUGUCGCGCAGAGUCGCGAAACGGGGAAAGGAAGGAAACGCGCGCGUGCACGCCUAUAGAUCUCUCUCUAGCUUUUCCUUUCGUUUCAUCAGAUCGUCGCGACGAACGAAGACCGCGGCCGUGGAAAUAUCGCGACAGGCGAUCGUCCCGAGGCACAGGGGAGAAAAUCGAGCGAUCUCCGGUGAAUCGCCGCGUCGGCGCGCAAAGGGGCUAGCAGUUGCCGCGAGAGAGAGAGAGAGAGAGAGAGAGAGAGAGAGAGUCGUCGCAAUAGCCGUUAAACAGCGAGCUAGCAAGCGCAAAAGUCUUCCUUCAGAAGUUACCCUUUCGUUCUUUCGAUCUGCAUUUGGCUUCCCGCGACGAGUCGUCGCGAACAGACGAAUCGCUCGAGAUGCUCGGCGUCUCAACUUCCACGGAUUCCCUUUUCUCUCUCUCUCUCUCUCUCUCUCUCUUUCCUUCUCUCUCUCU